GAGCAUCUCGGGGAACUGGGACAUUCUCAGCUAGCCAUGGGCCUAAUGAAUAUGGAAUCCCUGAGCUGUGGACUGGAACUAGGGAUCUUGGACCAACCAUCCAAGUCAUGAGGAUGAUGCUGACCUUUGAGAGAUGUCUUCAGACAAGGAAAGAGUGAAGGUAUUAGAUGGCGGGUUUGCAACUCAGCUCAGCACUCAUGUCUCUGCUCCCGUUGAUGGAAACCCUUUAUGGAGUUCAGCAUUUUUGAAAACAGACCCAGAAGCUGUUGUUAUGACACACUGCGACUUUCUCAGAGCUGGAGCACAGAUCAUAACUACAAACACAUACCAGGCAAGCAUUGGUGGUUUUAUGAAAUAUUUGGGGCUUACUGAGGAAGAAAGCAUUGACCUCAUAAAGAAGGCAGUUGAUUUGGCAAAGGAUGCAGUAGCCAUUUUUAUGGAAGAGUGUACUGAUCAUACAGGUAUAGUGAAGCCAUUAAUAGCUGCAUCUGUUGGUCCAUAUGGAGCAUCAUUACACGAUGGUUCAGAAUACAGUGGAUCAUAUGUAGAGACAGUGAGCAAGAAACAGAUGAUGGACUGGCAUAGAUCACGAAUGCAAGUACUUGUUAAUGCUGGGGUUGAUUUUCUUGCCAUAGAAACAAUUCCUGCUCAAGAUGAAGCUGAAGCAUUGGCAGAUCUUUUGAAGGAAUUCCCUACACAGAAAGCAUGGAUUUCAUUUUCAUGCAAGGAUCAUCAUCAUGUUUCACAUGGAGAAAAGUUCAGGGAAGCAGUAGCAUCAUGCUUAAAGCAUAACCCACAGCAGAUUAUUGCUGUUGGUACAAACUGUGUCAACCCAGCAUACAUCUCAUCCCUUCUCAAGGAUGCAGAUCAAAAAAUACCAUUUAUAGUUUACCCAAAUAGUGGAGAGAAAUAUGAUGCCAAGACAGGGUGGCAUUCUGGAGACAGCUGCAAACCCAUUGAAUCCUAUGUCCACGAAUGGCUUGAUUUGGGUGUUCAGUAUAUAGGAGGCUGCUGCAGAACAUAUCCUGCAGAUAUUAGUAAAAUCCGUGAUACUGUCGAGUCAUGGACACGUGAUCAUGUUAGUGGUAAAAAUAAAAAAGAAUUAUAAAAAUUCACCUGUUCCAGAGACAGUAUGAUAAAACUCAUCGAUUUAAUGCUAUAUAUUAUUACUCUUGUUGUUAAUACCAAUAUUACAGUUAAAGAAGCAUUAAAUUUGCUAUAGCUUUUAUGAA